GUCCUUAGUUAGGACGAGUCACUGGUCCUAACUCGAGAUAAGACUAGUCCUAACUCUUUGUGAAAUCCACCCGGUACCUUUAAGCAAUGUGUGUGAGAUAUACAUACGGUACACCUAAAUAUCGAAACGAUUGUUUGCUGAUGGGCUAUUAUAACAGUAAGCUUUAAACCCUGGAUCAGAUAAGAUAUUCGGCUGCCGUUACAGUUAAAUUGACACUACCUUUUUUUCUAGACAAAAAGCAGGACAAGUUCUUAUUUGAACUAGGCUGUCUCCUUAUUUAUUCCCAGUCAACUCCACGGCAGUAGAUAAAUAUCAGGGUUUUUAUUACAGCAAUAUUCACAGUGUCACACGUUGUUACCGAAUUAUGUUUGCGGGUUUUGUAAUAUGAAACAUUGCUAUCAUUAGUGAUGCGUGAUCAAGACAUGUUUAAUAAAUGCUAGUAAGCAAACAUUAUUGAGUGUUCAGAGUUUGAUAGGAAUUGGUAAUUAUCUGCAAUAAGAAUGAGUACCAUUCGUGCUAGAUUAUGCCGUUGCAAUGCCGCCGAUAUAUUCUUGUCUUACUAUAAGCCAUUUGAUGGAUCAGAGCAUCCACGGAGACCCAGGCAUAUAGUUUGGGAGACAAUCAGCGGAGACUUGAACUUCUGGCGUGCCAUUCUUGCCGAAUGCAUCGCACUGUUUUUAUUUGUUCUCCUCGCCGCUGGCUCGUCUGCUUCCUGGGACGGGAGUCAAGCUGCCAGCAACCUCCACAUCUCGCUCUCCUUCGGGUUGGUCAUUGCAUUCCUGGUGCAUUGUUUUGGUGAUGUGAGCGGAGCCCAUCUCAACCCGGCCGUGACGAUACCGCUUAUGGUCUACCGUGAGAUCAGCUUGAUUCGCGGCGUGCUCUUCAUCGUCGCACAGUGUCUCGGAGCGUACCUGGGUGCUGCUCUCCUACGGGUGGUCACACCCUUUUAUGCCCAGAACAAUGCCUCUUUAGGGUGCACCCUGCUCGGUGAGCAUGUAACGAUCGGCCAGGGCUUUGUAGUUGAACUGGUUGCUACGUUUCAAUUGGUUUUCACGGUGUUUUCAACGACGGAUCCAAGGAGGAAAGACACAAGGAUUCCAGUUGCGUUUGCUGUCGGUGUUUCCGUGGCAAUUGGAUUACUUUUUGCUAUCCCGUUUACCGGCGCCAGUAUGAACCCUGCCCGGUCCUUUGGCCCCGCGUUAUCUGCUCAGAACUGGGCUAAUCACUGGAUCUACUGGGCUGCCCCGGUGGUCGGUGGUCUGACUGCGAGCACAGUCUACCGGUUCAUUUUCGCUGCUCACCCCAUCAAAAACACCGACCACAACACGGUGAAUGUACCGGACAGUUUCUACAAUAACACGGCGACAGAAUUGGGCGUUGUUGGCGAGAGGUUAGCCCAUACUUCUGAAACCGAGUUGAACAAUAACGCGGAGAUGGAUUUGGAGAGUCUUUACAGCACGGAGGUUUAG